UUUUGUCAGUCGCCAGCGGAUCCCGUGCGCUGGAAAAGUGCAGUUCCCCCUAGUUACCAACUCGUUAGUUUUCCCUUCACGUUGCGGGUGCGGUCGAAGAGCACUCACCAGGCAUUGCCGUUCCUCCCUACAGUGUCGCCGCAGCUGUUACAUCCGCCCGGAGCUAGUGACGCUGUCUUCCUCCCUCGCCACUGACAGGCGCCCUCAGGGAGCCUGGGUCAGCGAUGUCAAGCGAGGAAAGCUACCGGGCCAUAUUGCGCUACCUGACGAACGAGUGCGAGCCGUAUGCGCCGGGCACAGAGGGAAAUGUCAAGCGUAAAAUCCGCAAGGCUGCAGCCUGCUACGUGGUGCGCGACGGGACCUUGUACUACCAGCGUCGGCAAAGGCACCGCAAGACCUUCGCGGAGUUGGAGGUGGUUCUGCAGCCCGAGCGGCGCUGGGGGCUCAUCGAGGCGGCGCACCUGGGCCCUGGCGGCACUCACCACACCCAGCAUCAGACCUGGCACAACUUGUCCAAGACGUACUGGUGGCGAGGUAUAUUAAAGCAAGUCAAAGAUUAUAUUAAACAGUGUAGCAAAUGCCAGGAGAAACUAGAUCGCUCCCGUCCAAUAUCAGAUACUUCAGAAAUGUUGGAAGAAUUGGGGCUAGACCUUGAAUCUGGAGAAGAAAGUAAUGAAUCAGAGGAUGACCUGAGCAACUUUACUUCAACUCCAAAUACAGCCUCCAAGCCUGCAAAAAAGAAGCCAAUAUCUAAACAUGAACUUGUAUUUGUUGACACAAAAGGAGUGGUGAAACGUUCUUCUCCAAAACAUUGUCAGGCUGUCUUAAAACAGCUGAAUGAACAGAGACUCUCCAACCAGUUCUGUGAUGUUACUUUGUUAAUUGAAGGAGAAGAGUACAAAGCCCACAAAUCUGUUCUAUCAGCUAAUAGCGAAUAUUUUCGAGAUCUUUUUAUUGAAAAAGGAGCUAUUUCCAGUCAUGAGGCAGUGGUGGAUCUUUCUGGUUUCUGUAAAGCAAGCUUCCUCCCUUUACUGGAAUUUGCCUAUACUUCUGUGCUAAGUUUUGAUUUCUGUAGCAUGGCUGAUGUAGCCAUCUUGGCUCGGCAUCUUUUCAUGUCAGAAGUUUUAGAAAUCUGUGAAAGUGUACAUAAACUAAUGGAAGAGAAGCAGCUAACGGUAUAUAAGAAGGGUGAAGUACAAACAGUUGCAUCUACCCAAGACUUACCAGAACAAAAUGGAGGUACAGCACCUCCUGUGGCUAACAAUGAGGGAGCCACCACAACUUUAUCUACUGACCUUGAGGAUUGUGAAAUUGUACUACUAGUGAAUGGAGACUUGCCAGAAGCUGAACAGAGUGGAGAGCUAAGACAGCAGCCUGAGCCCCAGGUUUCUUCAGGGGCUGAAGCUACUCUGUCAUCUUUACCUGUAGGCUGUAUACCUGAUUCUCAUCCUGAAAUGGAGUCUGUUGAUAUAGUAACAAAAAACAACCAGACAGAACUAGAAACUUUAAACAACAAAGAUAGCACAGUUUCUAAUAUUUAUCCUAAACUUUCCAAAGAGAAUAUAGUCAGUAGAUCUCCAGAAAACACUGAUAUGAGAAAUGAUAUAUCAGUGGAGGAUCUCUGUGAUGAAGACAUUCCAGAGCAUAGGCUGAACUUUGGCCAAUCUUUAAAAGAUCAGGAAAAUCUAGUUGCAAAAACAGACCUUGGCCCUGAUGAUACUUACAGAAGCAGGCUUCGACAGCGUUCUAUUAAUGAAGGGGGAUAUAUCCGACUACACAAAGGAAUGGAGAGAAAGCUGCAGAAACGGAAAGCUAUUCCCAAGUCAGCAGUUCAACAGGUAGCCCAGAAAUUAGUUCAAAGAGGAAAAAAGAUGAAACAGCCAAAAAGGGAUGCUAAAGAAAAUACUGAAGAAGAAGCAUCUCAUAAAUGUGGGGAAUGUGGAAUGGUUUUUCAGAGAAGAUACACACUUAUAAUGCACACACUGAAACAUGAAAGAGCUAGAGAUUACAAAUGUCCGUUGUGUAAAAAACAGUUUCAGUACAGUGCCUCCUUGAGGGCACACCUUAUUCGACAUACCAGAAAAGCUGCACCCACUUCGUCGUCAUCUUCCAGUUCUACUUCUAAUGAAGCAUCAGGAACAUCGCCUGAGAAGGGCAGAACCAAACGAGAAUUUAUAUGUUCCAUAUGUGGAAGGACAUUACCUAAAUUAUAUUCUCUUCGAAUACACAUGUUAAAGCACACUGGUGUAAAGCCACAUGCAUGUCAGGUCUGUGGAAAGACUUUCAUCUAUAAGCAUGGUCUAAAAUUACACCAGAGUCUCCAUCAAUCACAGAAGCAGUUCCAGUGUGAACUGUGUGUUAAGUCAUUUGUUACCAAACGGAGUCUUCAAGAACAUAUGAGUAUUCACACAGGAGAGUCCAAGUACCACUGCUCAGUUUGUGGCAAGUCUUUUCACAGGGGUUCUGGACUCAGUAAGCACCUAAAGAAACACCAGCCAAAGCCUGAGGUUCGAGGCUAUCAUUGUACUCAAUGUGAAAAAAGUUUCUUUGAAGCUAGAGAUCUUCGCCAGCACAUGAACAAACAUCUUGGUGUGAAGCCAUUCCAGUCAUUUUGUGAUAAGUGCUAUAGUUGGAAGAAAGAUUGGUCCCAUGUGAAGUCUCAUUCUGUCACUGAGCCUUACCGAUGUAAUAUAUGUGGUAGAUUUUAUGAAAAAGCAUUGUUUAGAAGGCAUGUAAAGAAAGCUACCCAUGGGAAAAAAGGAAGAGCAAAGCAAAACCUGGAACGGGUGUGUGAACGAUGUGGAAGAAAAUUCACUCAACUGAGAGAGUAUAGGACCAUGAAUAAUCAUGAAGGAGUUAAGCCAUUUGAGUUUACAUGUGGAGUAGCUUGGGCUGAUGCCCGAUCUCUAAAACGCCACGUCAGAACACUACUGGUGAACGGCCCCUAUGUCUGUCCUGUAUGUAGUGAGGCCUACAUAGAUGCUCGAACACUCCGAAAACAUAUGACUAAAUUUCACAGAGAUUAUGUGCCUUGCAAAAUUAUGCUGGAAAAAGAUACUCUUCAGUUUCAUAACCAAGGAACUCAAGUGGAGCAUGCUGUUAGCAUCUUAACAGCAGACAUGCAUGAACAAGAAAGCAGUGGUCCUCAAGAUCUUGAGACUGUGGUAGUGACAGGAGAAACUAUGGAAGCUCUUGAAGCUGUUGCAGCUACUGAAGAGUAUCCUUCUGUAUCUACACUUUCUGACCAAAGUAUUAUGCAAGUGGUUAAUUAUGUGUUGGCACAACAGCAAGGACAGAAAUUAUCCGAAGUUGCAGAAGCUAUUCAAACUGUUGAAGUAGAGGUGGCACAUAUUUCAGAAGCAGAAGGACUGUAGUAAUGGAGAUUUUAAAAAGUGACAUCUCAUGUACACUGAGCUCACAGAACGUUCGUUUACAAUACUAUGUAUGUGACUCUUUGUGUAGAGUUUGUAUAUCAAGACUCUGGGCUGUUUGAUGAUGUUUUAACAUUUCUGAAUGGUUUGGCCUACAGUCCAUUUACUGUAAAGAGAUUGAAAACAAAUCUGUUUGGUGGCAGUGGUUUAUCAUGGUAUACUUUUUAUGAAUUAAUGUUUGUAAAGGACCGUACUAAAUGAAAAAUUGUACAGUUUCAUUUAUAUUUUGACAUUAUUAUACACUUUGAGUUUAAAAGGCUGCACCAGUCGACUUUUCUUUUCAUUUGCCCUUUUUAUGGACUUAAAAAAUUCUAAUAUAAAGCAUUUUAGUAGGAUGCAUAGGUACAUUACAUUUUUUAAAUGGCUUCAAAUCUGUGGUUCUUGACUUUACUAUUUAUUUUAAGUCCUUAUAAGUCAGGGAUUCUUUAUUUUAUUUUAAUGCACUUAAUGAGUUACAUGUUGUAAUCAAGUUUGCACAAUAUACUUAUCUAUAUAGGAAACCCUUAAGUGAAUAGCUGAUUUUAAAUAUGCCAUUAAAAUGCAUGAAAUGCCUACUAAAGCCUUACUGUACUAUCUCUUCAAGGCAAGGAAAUAGACCAUACACAAAGAACACUUUUUAUUAAGCACUGUUGAUGAGAAAUUUCUCCUUGAUAACAUAGGGCAAUACAUGGGCGGAUGGGGGUGGAAAGAAUCUCUCUCUUUUGCUGAAAAAGUAACAAAACUAGGUUUGGUAUAUUCACAGCUUUUGUAUCAUGUUUUCUGAAAUUGUGUUUUUGUUUUGCUUUUUUGUAUCAUGUUUAAUUGUUCAUUUUGUUGAAAAACUGCAGUUUAGAAAUAGGAUAAUAUAGACAUCUACAGUGGUCCUGUGGAUAUCAUAUAAUUGUACAAGUAAUUUCAGAAUAUUAAAAAGUCUUCAACUCAUCCCUCAUUAUAGUAUACUACUUAAAUUAAUUAUGAUCCAUCAAAUUGUUGAAAGUAAAUUAUUUUAAAGAGUUACCUGAGAAUUAAAUUAUAUUAAUUAGUGUGUUUGAUUUUUAAAUUCCCACCUCCUUAAGCUAUCUAAUUUUUUGACUUUCAGAAUAACCAUAGGGAUAUGUCACAUUUCUCUCCUCUGGGAAACUAUCAUUAGAGCUAUAAUUGUUAAAAUUAAACUUUUAAGUAUUAAAAGGUAUUAUAAGGUAUAAAAUUAGGAUGUAAGCAUAUUACAUGUAAAUCAUUCCUAAAGCACAAGAGAAUAAUGUGCCUUGAUGUACAUAUAUCACUAAGAUACUUUAUUCCAGUUUACUUUAAAAAUGGCUUAAUAGAUAAAGAAUAAAUGUGAUGCCAUGCAUGCAUUAUACUUGCAUAUAUAAUAUUUUCAUUUGUAAAUUUCCCAUUAUUUCAAUAGCUGUGUGGCUGACUUCCAAUUUUAUGUGGAUUGACAUACAGUAUAUAACUCUAUAAUGGCUGUUUGUUUAUUGUAUCUUUCAGUUAGUGAAAAUGUAUAAUAUUUCAACCUGACUAAAAUAGGGAAUUAUGUCUGUUAUGUUCCACCCUCACCAUUGUUAUUGGAUUUAGUUACUUGUAUAAGGCCAUUAAUGUAUGUUACAAAUAUGUAAAUAAAAGAUGUUGAACCUUGUUUAAAAGCAUAA